AUGGUGGGAUCUCAAUCUCUAGUCAUACUCAAAGAGUCUAAUGAAUCCAUGGUGGUGAAAACAUACAAUAUUUCAUCUUACAUCCCCAUAAUGGAGACUAAAAUUUUGUACAACAUGUUGGACAAGCGAGAAUAUUCCGACGAGGUGAUGAGAAUAUUUGCCACACUUACAAUAUCGGGAAAACGUGGUGGAGAUGAACCAAUUGUGGCAGGUUGGUGUGCCGGUGAAGAAUGGGAUGCCGAAAAAGCAGGACUUUUUGCCAAAAAUUUGGCUUCAAAAGGUAAGUUGGAAUUGGCAAGUAAGGUAGAUAAUCAAAAUGGAAACUCUACUGUAAGUGGAAGGAAAAAUACAAAUGUUAUUGGAGAAAGUUCAAGGAUUUGGGAGAGUGGAUUGGGAUUGUAUAGGGCUUUCAUACUACUUGGGAUUUUAGUUUUAGGGUUUUAG